GAGUCAGGCUGGUUGGUGGUUCUCGCUGCUCUGGGAGAGUGGAGGUGCUUCAUGGAGAGACCUGGUCCACAGUGUGUGAUGCUGACUUUGACCAGCAGGAUGCAGAGGUUGUAUGUCGAGAGCUGGGCUGCGGGCUUCCUGUGGAGGUGCUGGGAGCAGCUGCUUUUGGCAGAGGGGAGGGUCAGGUGUGGUCAGAGGAGCUUCAGUGUAGAGGGAAUGAAUCUGAGAUUUCCCUUUGUACAACAUCAUCUUCAUGCAGACUCAACUGCACUCAUGACAGUGACAUGGGGCUAAUAUGUUCUGGUCACACUCAGGCUCAGCUGGUGAACGGCUCUGACUCCUGUUCUGGUCGAGUGGAGCUCCAGUACCUCAGUGAGUGGGGCACAGUGUGUGAUGUAAGCUGGGAUAUGAGAGCUGCCAGAGUCCUCUGUGGUCAGCUGAAGUGUGGGAGUGCUGUGGCUGUGGUGGGGUCAGACUGGUUUGGGGAGGGGAGUGGCCAGAUCUGGGCUGAUGUGUUUGAUUGUCAGGGGAAUGAAAUACACCUGUCAAAAUGUCCCAUUUCAUCAUGGAGUCGAACUGUAUGCUCUCAUAAACAGGAUGCUGGAGUCAUCUGCAGUGGUGAGCUCUUAGAAUCAUUUAACUAUGAGCUGUAUUGGGUUGUAUAUGGGUUGUAAGUUGGAAACCUAAGUCAGCUGCUUAAGA